AAUGUCACUUUAAAGAGUUUUUGAGAAAUUACUAUACUGGGAUGUGUACUUAUCAGCAAUUAUUCAUGGCCAUGAAAGUUUAAUGUUAACAGUGAUGCUAUUUUUACCAGCAUUGAUUUUUUCACCAACUACUAUUGCUGCACCUAUUUUCUUCAUUACUUAUUAAUACGGUUAUGCUUAUUCAAUAAGAUAUGUGAUUUCAAUAGUUCUGUCACUAGUUUUGACUACUUUCUUUAAAAAACAUUUCAAAAGACCAAGACCUAAGCCUCGUCCACAAUUAUCACUUAAACCUAUGUAUUUUAGGAAUAAAGAAACUAAUUAUUCCUUACCUAGCGGAGAUUGUGCUUAAGCUGCAACCUUUCUUUUUUACUUUCUAAAUGCUUAUGGAAAUGGUAUUUUGGAUAUCAAAUAUAUUAGGAGACAUAGUUGUUAUUUUAAUUGCAAUACUUAUGACUCUUAAUGUAAUGUUAGGUAGAGUAUAUUUCUGUUGCCACUACUUUAGUGAUUGUCAUCUUGGCUUUGGAAUUGGAGUUACUAGUGCCUUCUUGAUUAACUUUUUAUUAUAAUGAAA